ACACACACAUACACACGCACAUACACACGCAGAGACCAAGAGAAACAUCUUGUGGCAAAGGCAUGAAUCCAACAAAGGCAGCAUUCUCCCCACCCAUAGAGACAUAUGGCUGCUCUGAUUCAGCUUCUGUCUAAGAGAAUACCUAAUUAAUAGAGGACACAAUCAAUUAAUUAGAUGAUUGUUAAGUAGUUCAUGCUGUGUUUGUUACCUACUCUGAUGCCACAGCUGUUUUUGAAGUCUCCAUUCGUGUCUGACAAGCAUUCUACGAGUUAGCAGCAUACUCUAGUAAAUGGACUGCUAUGAAGUGCCUGGUUUGGUAACCUUAUCAAACUGCAACAUUCAUGUCAUCAGUUUUACUAACAGUGAUACCAGCUAACUCUCAUAUGUUGGACUAGUUGGUCACAUGAGAGGGCAUUUUAACCUAGCUCACCUCGUACAGAAUACAACGUCUUAACUUAACUAGCCCUGGCCAUUGUUCACAUACCUCACACCACAUUAUACAUGCGCACACACACACACACACACACACACACACACACACACACACACACACACACACACACACUCUCUGUUUCUCUCUCUCUCGCUCUCACACACACAUGCACACCAGCACCCAUACUGUGUGUCUCCAGAAGUCUGAGCCUCUGUCCCUGUGCUGAUAACGUUUGCACCAAAGUGCUUACAUCACAUCGCCUGUCAGCUGUGUACAGCGUCUCCUAUCUGCUCAGCCGGCACAAGUCCACGUGUGCUGAUUCCGCUCUGUGUGUGUGUGUGUGUGUGUGCGUGUGUGUGUGUAUGUGUGAGAGAGAGAGAGUUUGCCCUCAGCGAGAGCAGUGGCUCCAGGGUUGUUGGUGGGAGGAUUACAGAGAGUGACGUUGAUCAUUUGCAUCUCCCGGAAGCUAGGCAGCGUCUUUUGUGGAAUGCUAAGCCGAGCUUGUUCCUGUUCUUUCCUCGGCUUGGCCAGGACAUGUUGGAGGGCACCGAAGCACAAACACACACACGCUGCUACAUUAUUUAAGUUUUGCAUUUACAUACAUGCAUACAUUGAUUCCCAUUUAUGAGCUAUUUUGAGGGGUUUGGAGUCCAGUGCUGGUGUUCCUCUGUACUACUGUGGAACAGGCCGAGCAGGUGGGCGGAGAGUCGACUUUCCCCCGAGGUGGCCAGCCAAUGGGGGCGAUCGCCACCGUGUCCAAUACCCCGCCCCCUGUCCAAUGGGGCCUGAGGAAUAUCUUGCUUCUCUCGCUUUCCCCUCCCCCUGUGCUCGGCUCUCUAUAUGCGUUCGGUGCUGACUGAGCAGUCGAGCACGCCUGGAUGUAUCAGCUGGGAGGAAAUGAGCUGAAAAGGCAACGCAGAGAUGAGUUCUCGGGGGGGAGGAAGCAGAGAGAAAGACUGAAGGAGCAACCUGCUACAUGCAACUGCCUGCAAGAGUCUUCAAGCCUCGCAGAGCCUAGACCAGAAUAACAAGAGCAUACGAAGACAAGAGGCAGACACACCAGUGCAAGGAGGGCUCUGAAGGCUUUUUGGGAGGGCUUCUCUCACUGGAAUGCCUGAGACGCAAUGCAGCCACUGAGGUGCCCCCCACGUCCAGGUGCCCAGGAGGGGCGUGCCAGGCCGCUGGCCCCAUCCCGGAGGAUCCACAGGACAGAGACCACCAGUUCACCAGCGCUGCCUCUCCAGGCCCUCCCUCCUCAUUGACGCUUUGGCCUCGGACUGUCUGUCCGGGAAUGCUGUUGUUGGUCUUCGGAGGGCAGCCUUGGGGAUGGAAGAGCACAGGGGUUAGGCUUGGGGCACAGGCACUGCACAGCUCCAGGGCGGGUGUGGAGCAGCCUGGAGUGCAGACACAGACUACGACAACACAAAGGUGUCACACAGCCAGGCACUGUAGAGAGACUGUUGUGCUAACCAUAGGGAAGCGUUGCGAAGAUCCCACUCUGUAAAGCAGGGCUCCUACAACUCGCUCUUCUCGGGCUCGGGCUCUUUGCACUUCCAAGAACUCUUGUUCAUUCUCGAGACCUGCUGCUCAAUCCACGAGGAGCCAUGCGUCACAUUCACGUCGAGCUGGCUCGCAAGGAGCCGACAGUUCAACUCCCAGCACAAGAGGGGGACCUGCCGCCAACCAGCACCCCAGCCAAGGGUCCCAAUCUUGGAGCGCACAGCGGUGUCCCCAGGCCCUUCGGGGACGAGGAGAUUCGGAUGCAGAAGGUCUACCAGCUGUCCAUCUUCUCUCAGAGAGGGGGCUUCUCAGAGCAGCCCGAGGGGCAGCGCCCGCCUCGCGUGGGGAUGAAGAGGGGCCUGGAGGAGCCGGUGGCCCCGCUGGCCCACAAGCGGCUGCACGAGGCCGAGGCCGAGCAGGAGGAGGAGGACGAUGACGAUGACGACGUCACGCAGGGGGAGGUGCUAUGCAGCUCCACGUCAGAGCCCUUCUACUCCUGCUCCCUGCUCGAGUGUAAUAAAGACCCGGAAAGCCCCGCGGCCAAAACACCCCCACCUCUGCCGCCACUCUCCCCUACUCAUGCCCCCACCCCCUCCCGCCGGCCUGCCCAGCACAACCACGACCGGCCGGUCCCAGACGCCUGGGCCCCGCUCUCACCUAAGUCGCCCCCUAUGGUAGAUCCCCUGGCCCCGCACAAUUUCUGGUCCGGCGAUGCCAGUGCCGGCUCCCCGGUGCUUAGCCCUGAGCCUCCACCAGCAGGUGACGCCCCGGCCUGUUCCAUAGGAGCGCCACCGCACGGCGACGGCUCCAGCAACGGGACCUUGGCCGAGCAGGGAAGCUCCUGCACCGUCACUGUACGGAGCCCGAGCCCCACUUUCCCCUCCUCAAGCCCCAAGAGGCUCUCCGAGGCUCUGGAGUGGGGGGCCAGCCUAGAGUCCUCCCCUCCCGAGCACAGGGCGCCCCCCACCAAUGGCGUGCCCUCCUCAGAAAAGACCCCCGUUGACCCCCGGGCGCUUCUCAAUGGAACUUCCUCCUCCAACUCUUCCGCCCCCUGUCCAGCCAAGAAGAAGCUGCUCUCAUCCAGCGACACGGGGGACUCCUGCUCCGAGGAUGAGGGCCCAUCCACCUCCAAGAGGAGCCGGCUAGCGCUGCUAGCACCCGGGCUGGGCCUAGCCUCCUGCCGGGGCACGGAUGCCAAGGCCUCACCCUUCUGGAACCACUUGCUGCCCUCGGCUCGCGAAAACCAUAAGGGUUCCACAGACUGUACACGAGCUGGAAGAAGACUGAAAAGUGGGAUCAGGCUGAAAUCUCGUCAACUACGCAGUGGCCGGCGGACAGACAACUGUCACUCGACGCGAGCCGUCUGGCCCUCUGCCUCCAUCAGCCGCUCCCUCCUGGGCAACUUUGAGGAGUCCAUACUGAAGGGGCGAUUCUCCCCAUCGGGGCAGAUUGAUGGCUUCACUGCUGAGAUAGGGGCCAGUGGGUCCUACUGCCCCCAGCAUGCCACCCUGCCAGUCCAAGUCACCUACUACGAUAUCUCAGAGCACAGCGCACCAUCACCUUUCCUAGGUGUGAUCUCCCUGGAGCCGCUGGGAAAAAAGGGAUAUAGUGUGCCCAAAGCAGGGACCAUACAAGUGACCUUAUUCAACCCCAACAAAACUGUGGUGAAAAUGUUCCUGGUGACGUACAACUUUGGCGAUAUGCCUGUCAAUCACAUGACCUUCCUGCGUCACCGCAUCUUCCUGGUACCAGUAGAGCAGGAAGAGGAGGGGUCAGAGAGGGCGGGCCCGGCCAAGGACGGAGUGGUGGACAGGAAGAAGAUUCUCUGCUACUUGAUACACCUCAGAUUCCAGAGUUCCAAAUCUGGGAAAAUCUACUUGCACAAUGAUAUCCGGCUGCUAUUCUCCCGAAAAUCCAUUGAGGUGGACACGGGGAUUCCUUAUGAGCUGAAAUCUUUCACCGAGGUGCCAAGAAACCCCAAGUACUCCCCACGAGUAUGAUUCUUGCCAGCACUGCCCCGUGCGGGCAGGAACCCUACAGGACUGCUCAGACUAAUAGGACUAAAGAGGACUAAUGUUGACUUGAAAGACUGAAUACAUAUAAACACACACACACACACACACACACACACACACACAUACACACACACACACAAAUAAAUGCAGAGGCAAACACACAGGCACAGAUAUACAUCAUAGGUACACAUUCAUGUACACACACACACACACACACACACACGCACACACACACACACAUACACACACAUGCUCACAAACAAUUGCAUAUCACACUCGCUCAUUGAGAGACUCUUUUGAGUUCAGUGUUUGUGCAUGCCUUGUGACUAAACCGAGUUUUCCUCUAGUGCCGUAACUUCACACAGUAAGCAUCUGCCCUUCACUCUGUGUGCACCCUCCCCCACCUCAUAGUGGACCAAUCACAGUAGUUGUUGCCACAGUGGGAUCCAAUCAAAUAUGCAGUGAUAGGCUUCAGUGACUUUUUCCCAAGCAUCUACGGAGAAAGAAAGAAAAGUACUCGUCUGAAGUUGAAUGGACGUAAGCGUGAAUGGACCUUUGAGGUAGCCUCGGACUCACUUCCAUAUCCCUGAUUCUUGGAAAGGGAAGUCAUCGUAGUCGUGGCGAGGCUUACGAAGCUCCACCAAUGACAGAGUACACCUUCAUACAACAGACUCUUAAGGACCUCCAGGCAUGGAUUACCUUGGGGGGGGGGUUUGAGGGAGGGCAAGCUGAAGCCACCGUGUUUGGAGGAGGGGGAGUGGGACAGCGACCCUCCCAUCCGAGUCCCAUCAUUCUCAGUGCGUGUAAACAGACUGAAGGACACUGUGCAGCUCUCAAGGAUUCAAUUCUGUUACAUACAGUCCAAACAAACAAACAUGGGGGAGCAGACACAAGCCGUAGUAUUUAAUUUAUGUUCGCAAUUGUCUUAAAAAAAAAGCAAUAUGCUGCACAAUAGAAGGUGUGAUUUUCUUAGCGGGGGGUGAGCACUCUGUUUUGGUAGGACGGAGGGUGUCCGGGGUGCUCUGCCUGUAGAAAGGGAGUGAAAGGGAGGGUAGGGUAGGG